AUGGUUUCCAAUCCAAGAAAGUUUGUUAAAAGAAAGUUCCAAGCCAACAAGAACCGAAACUGGCAGGGAAGUUAUAGUUCUGAGAAAGUGAAAGAGGAACCGAAGAUGUGUUCAAAGUCAAAAGAAUCCAAGAAAGAGUCGAACAUUGGUGGUGACUCAGACUUUGAUUGCCAUUAUUGUGGAGGCAAGAAUCACUUUGCCAAAGACUGCAUGCUGAAGAAAAAGGCAGAAAAGGUUGAUGAGGAAGCGAACCUCCUCAGACGAUUGGACGAGAUCAAGAAAAGAAAAUCAGUAGCUAACAAUAACACCAUGAAUGAUUCGAUUGUUAUACAUGACGGGCAGUUUGACGAAGAAUGGUACAUUGAUAGUGGCUGCUCGUGUCACAUGACAGGUCGAAGGGAAGAAUUGAGAGAGUUUCGGUCUCUCAAGGAUGGUGGAACAGUGAAGUACGACAACAAUUCGUUUGGAACUAUCAAAGGCUAUGGAAUGAUUACGAAUGGUGACUUCUCAAUCAGAAGGGUCGCAUACGUUGAAGGAUUGCAACUCAACCUAAUAAGUGUAUCACGGAUAGUAGUUGGGACCGGAUUGAAGGUCUCAUUUGAUGAUGAAGGCACAGAGAUAGUCGAAAAGAAGUCAAAUAACAUACUACUGAAAUCGAAGCGAAAGAGGAAAUGUACCCUUUGA